GACACAACCACUGGCCAUAGUGAUGUCACAUCCUCCUCUAUAUAAACAAAAAACACACUAGUUUAUUCAAGCUAGCCACACGCUACAGUUCCUCAUUGAUCGAAUACAUAACAUUUGUCAGCCCAUUUACUGUAGAUUUGCCCCCCCCCAAUGUAAACUGGGAAACAUGGCUUGGAAGUUCACUAGCUCUGCUGUAUUUAGUGAUGUAGAAAGCUAAGCUGCUCUCUCCUGUCGUAUUAGGGUGAAAAACGUUCAACAUUUAAUUUUUUUGAACGUGUCCUCAGUUCGAUGUGACUUGUGAUUCGCUGCUAAUGUGUUUACGCGUCAAGUAGUCUUCAAUUGUAUUAUUAUGAGCUUUUGUGGCACAUCAGUGUGGAUUGCUAACUAAACCAUUAGCCACCCAGUUACAGUAUUUACUCUGGAACUCAAGUCCCGUCAACAGAUACACCAAAAGCCUAGUGUCUUUUUCUACAAACCCGUAUAAUCAUGACUGCCAUGCGAGUGGAUGCUAAGGUGGUCAUGCUUGGCAAGGAGAGUGUGGGUAAAACCAGUCUGGUGGAAAGAUACGUACAUGGCCGGUUUCUUGUGGGACCAUAUCAAAAUACUAUAGGGGCUGCGUUUGUUGCGAAAGCCCUCAACGUCGGUGACAAGGUGGUUACUCUGGGAAUAUGGGACACUGCUGGGUCUGAACGCUAUGAAGCUAUGAGCAGAAUCUAUUACAGAGGAGCGCGUGCUGCCAUUGUCUGCUACGACUUGACUGACAGCAGCAGUUUUGGAAGGGCCAGGUUCUGGGUGAAGGAGUUACAGAACUGUGAAGAGCACUGCAAGAUAUAUUUGUGUGGCACCAAGAGUGACCUCAUUGAGGCCGAUCGAAGUGUGCGGCAAGUAGACUACCAUGAUGUUCAAGACUUUGCAGAUGAAAUAGGUGCACAACAUUUCGAGACCUCCAGCAAAACAGGAAAAAAUGUUGAUGAGGUGUUUCAGAAAGUGGCUGAAGAUUUCAGUAGCUGUGCUUUAGAGUUCAUGCAAGAAGAGAAGGGGGUGGAUCUUGGGCAAAAGAAGGACUCUUAUUUUGACAACUGCUGCCAUAACUGACCUAUCACAGGAAAAACUGCUGUAUCAUAUGGUCUAUUUUGGGAUGACUGGAGGCUCACCAUCUUUUAUACUCUUCAAAGCAUCAGCUAGAGUUUUUUUUUUUGCUCUUUCCUUAUUUCUUUUAUGAUUUUUCUUUUCUGGUGUGCAGUAGAACAUGAAGGAUUCCACUUUUUCCAGUGUUCAAGCAAUGAACUCUUUUUCUUUAUCAGGAACAUGUUUUUUUUUUUUGGGGACCUGAGAAUGUUGACUGAAACUAAUAUUAACAGUGCGUGGCAAUCCGUUUUACCAAAAAGACAAGACGCAAAGCAAGCUUUAGGGACAGAUUUCAUUGCAUGGAGGUGAUCGUUGCCAAUUUUCACAAACAAUGCCUUGAGUGAUUUAUCACCUUUUAUGAUUUAAAGUGUCUCCAUUUUAUAGAUCUUUUGAGGAUCGUAAUGUUUACACCCUUCAUUUAUCACACUGCACUCAUGUAUGAACAAUUUAGUUUCAUAUGUCCACACUAAAGUUUCAGUUUUCACAGAUCUGAGACCAGUUCAAACAUUUUUCUCAUAAUGAUAAAGAUUUAGAUGUUGAUAGAAUGGAAAAUUACAUAGUAAAAGUAAAAGGCAGUUUCCAAUUAAUAUGUUCUUAAAUUGUAAUGAAGCUGAACAAUUGAUGUCAAAAUGUCAAAGGCUAAUAACCAUAGUUACUUGAGGCAUUUAUAAUAUCAUGAUUAAUCUGAUAUGCGGGAGUAUCAACUCCGCAACAACAACAAAAA